AUGAUCAUUCCUCCCCGUGGCUGGUUCAGUCGCUCGUAUGACAUCUCGCAAUUGGAUUGCCAAGUCAAAGCCCCUGUGUGUCAGCACGUAGCUGGUAAGAAGGGCAUCUUCAAUGUGGACCUUGUGGAGAGGAAAACUAUGAGCCCUGCAGAGUUUCAGGUCAUGACUGACGCUGCUACAGACAAGGAACCGGGAGAUACCGAAGAUCCGUUGGAAGUGGAGCGGCAGUUUUGGAAGGGAUUGAGAGGAACGAUGGACCCGCCCACCUAUGGAGCAGAUAUCGUGUCCACGCUGUUUGGCGACGCAGACGCGCUGUCGUGGAAUCUGAACGAUCUCAACACGAUUCUUCGCAAAAUUGACCUGCCAGGAGAAGACAUGGAUCUAUACAGUAUCAACUACGUGCACACAGGGAAACCCAAGUUCUGGUAUGGCGUUCCUCCUGAUGCUGGUUUUAACAUUGCCGAAGCUGUCAACUUUGCAACCUUGCAUUGGAUUCCGUAUGGGUUGAAAGCCAAGGUCUGCAAGUGCCUUCCCGACAGCGUGCGGAUUGACAUGGACUCGUUCCUAACAAAGCUGUUCGAAGAACCUCAGUGCGGCCCGGAACUCGUCGGCGAAGAUCCUUGGAUCUUCAGCUGCUCCUGCGGCAAGUACUGCAGUAGCAAUUGCCAGAAUUUCAAUGUGGAGGAGCAAUGGUUCGAGUGCUCAAAGUGCAAAAUUUGGGCCCAUGUUCGCUGUGUUCACUCUGAUCUGGCUGACACGGCAGCGGAAGACCUGCCUCAAUCAUUACUCUGUCAUCGCUGUCUUGCUGAAGCUACCGGGGACAAGCCUCGCUCUUUGUCCAGUGGUGGGGUGGGGCGGCGAAGUGGCACUGCGUCGAAGAGUGCAGUACGCGGCACUUUGGGUAAACGAAUGAAGCAAGCUGUGGUUAGCUCGAGGAAGAAAACAGCGAAGGUGCCGGCCGUCCCGAUGUCACCUCCGACAAAGAGAAAAAGUGCUUCAAAGUCCAACGAGGCAGGUGCCAUUACACCCAAAAGGACAACGAAAGAUAGUGCUGCUGUCCGCAAGUAUCUCACAGUCAAGGGCUCGACCAUCCGAUUCGAGAAUAUGGAGGCCAAGGUGGCUGCCGUGGAGGGCAAGUAUAUUCGAGUGCACUACAAGCUGAAGCAGUUGCAAAGCAAUCUUUCCAAUAAUACUUCCAUCUUUCAGGUACAUUUGACCUGGUUUAAAUAUGCAAGUAUCACUUCCACACUUCCAUCGGAAAUGGCACGUCCUAGCAAGGAUGUGUCUGUGGGCGAGUACGACAAGGUGACAGGGCUCACACACAUCACGAACCAACGUGGCCGUCUGUUAUUCAACAUGGGAGCCAGCGUCAAGAAGCGACAGCGUCGAGUUCCUGCAGCCGAUGCUUCUCCUACUCCGUUAACAACAACCGGCACGUUCACGGGACUGUCACUCUACCCGGAAGAAGCCAACUAUCUAGUACAGCGAGGGGCAUUGAUUGUCUACCAUAUGACUCAUGGCAGCGAAGAAGCCAAUGAGUUGAGUGUUGCUGGGUUUCACGGAUUCACAGCAAUCUUGCUCAACGAUACGCGUGUGUCACUCGCCUGUGUGGAGGUGUACGCCUUCCUAAAAGAUCAGAAGCUGCAUCCGCGUCGCUGCCUCGAGCCAUUAACAGCAGCGACUUCUAGUGACGAUGGACGAAGCAUACCCCGACACUUGAACGAUGGAGAGCAUUGCGACGUCGCAUUCGAUGUCUGGAAAACCGUGACAGUCGGGAACGAUGCAGUGGAAUUGGCCUUGCCAACACCGAAAAAGCAAAAAUCGAGAAAGAAAUUGGCGCUUGUGUUUCGAGCGGCAGUGUGUCGCUUUGGAGACGUCCCGCCCAGCCCACGAAGUCUGCGCCGUGUCAUUGAAAGAAGCAAAUCUCGCGAAUUGGACGGCGACGGUUCAAAUUCUGCCUGCCAAGUUCCUGUGAAAUUAGCGGUAGUCCACCAUUACCAGAGCGUGUUGAUAUUUGAGCUCGGCGCACUACCAGUCACUUCAACUUAA